AGCGGCCGAUAAAACCGUACAAUGCAGACUCAAUCGCGCAUCGAAUAGCUCGACAAUUGAACGAAGAAUAGGCACAAUACAGCCGAGAAGAACAAUGAGGCCACAGACAACAGCGUGGAGUGCUAGAUUCCGUCAUACAUCACCAUGUGUGCCGUCUGGAUAUACGCGUCCUUAUCUGUCGUGCUUGCAGCCGUACAUUCCAGUGUCGGUGCAGAUCAGUACAAGCGAUUCUUGACUUCUGCAGAUGACGGUUGUUCUGCUCUCAACGGGAUGGUGAGUCACGAACUUCGAAGCGUCCCACUUUGUUACGUCUUAGAAGAGGUGCAGUGGCUCCAUCGGCAUCCUCUGUUGUCCCGACCUGUUGUGCCGGAUCCAGCUGAUCACGACUCCCGAGAACUGGGUCGGCGGGUUGGGGGUCUGUGUAGAGCCCGACCCCUUCCACCCCCCGCGCGACCGGCUCGUUACCUUCUAGACUGUACAUACAAAAUAAACCCAUUUAUCCAGUCGAGCUUCUUCAAUUCCAUUGUCUUUAGACUGGCCUUUAGGCUAAAAUAACACCAACAGUUAGGAUGUUUCAGCGUGCAAAAGUUGCUAAAAACAUUCCAAAACUCAAAUAGCCGCAAAAGUGUCAACAAGAAACCAGUGAAAUUCGUUACUUUUGUCAAUCACUAUGUGUAUAGAUAUUAAAUAAUCGAAAAUAAAACAAG